AUGGAGAAUGGUGCAGGUGCUGCGCCGACGGGCCCCCAGAAGCCAGAGCACCCAGUGCGGAAGUAUUUUAACUACGACUCUGUACUGGAUGAGUCUCGAUGUGUUAUCGCCACCUGCCAAAGGAAGAAAGUUCCCGGCAACCACCUUGGAAACUUGGAAAAGCACUUGAGGCGUAAGCACAAGGACAAGAUUCCAUCUCUUGAAAGUGAUCUCUCAGAGUGGAAUGGGCGACGCAAGAAAAAACCAUCAAAGAAGACACGGUUACUCCAUGUCGCUAUGUCUGCUCGUAAGCUAAAACUAGCUUGUGUGCGCCUGAUAGCAGUGCAUGGGCGGCCCAUAGAAAUGAUGAAUGAUCCAGCUUUUCAAGACAUCGUACGUCCCAUGAUAGACGCCAUGCCUGCAAGGGAAAGGUUUGCUAUCAACGACUAUUCAGUACGCAACAUGAUUAAAGAUUCUGCUAAGGAGCUAAGAAACUUCAUUAAGAAUGAAAUCAAGGGAAAGGUAGUUUCUCUGAAGGUGGACUCUACUACCAAGAAUGGUGAACCCUACUUUGGAGUCAACAUCCAAUUUUCCAAAGAUGGAACAACACAGCUAAGGACCCUCGCAGUUAAGCGUCUCUUUUUGUCACAAACAGCAGAGAAUUUAAAGAAUGAAAUAAUGACGAUCCUGCGGGAGUAUGACAUAGAAGUGUCUAGCCUGGUGUCGUUUACCUGUGACAAUGGGGCAAACAUGCUUCGUGCUGCAGAUCUUUUAAAAGAAGAACAAGUUGAAGCUCAAGACCUCUGUGAUGAAAUUCAGAUGGAUUUGGACUUGGAACUAAGGGACGAUGAAGAUGACUCUCUGAAGCUUUCAAGUGUUAAGUGUGCUGCCCACACGCUUCAGCUUGCGGUGAUGGACGACAGCCUGAAAAAAUCACCAGUUGAAGUGGAACUACUGAAGAAAGCUCGAGAUGCGGUUAAGUUAUUGAGAACAGAAACUUACCGGAAAAGAUUGAAGAGAGAGUUCCUGGCAGUUCCUGUUCUUGACAAUGCCACGAGAUGGAACACUUCAUAUGCCAUGCUAGCUUCUUUGCAGCGGAUAGAAAAUUUCCUGGAAACAGAAGAAAUUAUUUCUAAGGAAGAUUGGUCUAACAUGCAGCAUCUAAUGAAGUCACUUGAACCUGCCAUGAUUGCAACAAAAGCUCUUCAAUCAGAACAGCUUACUCUGGGAGACAUGUUUGGUAUUUGGCUUGAAUGCAAGGCUAAACUCAAGAAAGUCAACUCACCCUUGUCAUUGAAAAUUGUAGAAAACAUGGAGCUUAGGGAGAGGCGUCAAGUGUACGCCCCAAGAAGCGCACUUGCUGGCCAAGAGAAGGUACCAGCCCUGUUUGAAUAUCCAGGGUUUGAGGCCGCCAUCUUACUUGACCCAAGAUAUUUCUCCUGCCUUGAUGAUAGUGAGGUGGUAUCUGCCAAGGCCUUCAUACGGAAACUCUGGAAGACAGUAGAGAAGAAACGAAAUCCACAGUUAGAAAUUGAAGAAGAGGCGGAACCUCAUGAAGAGAAUAACGACAGCGAUGAUGAAAUUGAAGCUAUGUUGAGGGCUAAAGACUUGGAAAGGAGCGCAACAGCUUCUGUGAGUAGAGUUAACAUAUCAACUCAGCUAGAAGUGUAUUACAGGGAAACAGCCCGUGUCAAGGACAGGAAAACCUCCAUCUUGAAUUGGUGGGAGAAGCACAGACUGGCAUACCCAGAAUUGUAUCUUAUUGCCUGUGUUCUGCAUGCCAUUCCCGCCACUCAAGUUAGUGUUGAAAGACUAUUUUCCGCUUUGAGAUUCAUCAUGCAUUACUUACGCUCAGGGCUGUCUUCAGACAUGAUUGAAGAUCUAGUUUUGAUCCAUAGCAAUUCCAACCUCAUGAAGGAGGAUGUACUUUCUCUGAUUGAAAGUGUCGCUUCAGAUGACGAUGAUGAAUUUGAAGAAAUGGACAUGUCCACUUCCACCUCCAACUCAGGAUCUGCUUAG